CGAGAAAAAGAAAACAGAGAGAGAGAGAGAGAGAGAGAGAGAGAGAGAGGGGACUUCCUCUUUCUUUUCAGUUGCUCUGUGAUCAUUCUACUUCUUCUUCUUCUUCUUCUUCAGUCCCCUCCUCUGAACUUCCCGCUUCUCCGAUCCCUUUCUGUCACCGUCUGACUUGCGGACUCUGUUUCUUGGUUUUGAGUUUGCUCUCUUUUGCUUUGAUUUCGAUUGAGAGGGCUUAUUUUUCUGUACCCUCAGGUUGUGCGUGCGCUCUUUCUUUUGCUUUUGAAGAAAGCCUUUACCAUCGGAUUGGUUUCCUCGUUCUGCGUCUACAGAUUGCGCCUGUUCCUUUGGUUUUGGUAAGAAGCAGGUGAUCUUUCUUAUUUAGAGCUGACGAGAAACUUUCUUAAAUUGCCCGCUUGUGUUUUUUUCCUGAGAGAGUGAAAUGGCAGCAGCUGUCGAAUUAUACGAUAGCAACGCACCGUCGCUAACUUGCUCAGAUCCCUUUAGAGAAGAACUCAUGAAAGCACUGGAGCCUUUUAUGAAAAGUGCUUCCCCUGUUUCUUCUCCAUCGUCAUGGUCAUCUUGUGAUUCGGUCUCUCCGCAGCAACGGCCCAAUUUGAGUCCUGACCUUCGCUCUCCAUGGAAACAAAACCAGAUGGGUCUCCAGAAAUCCGGCUUGAUUGGGCUCAACCGUCUCUCCCCUUCUCAGAUCCUCCAUAUCCAAGCCGAAAUGCAACUCCGACGUCAAAAUCAAGAACUUUCGCUAGCUUCCGCUAUGAAAUCUCCUCUUCAGCGCCAAAAUCACCUCGGCACUCCCCAUCUCCUUGGGCCGAAAGCCCUCCCCAUGAAGCAAGUGGGAGUGUCUCCGAAACCCAACAAGCUGUACAGGGGAGUGAGGCAGAGGCACUGGGGGAAGUGGGUGGCUGAGAUCAGACUUCCUAAGAACAGGACACGCCUCUGGCUAGGCACUUUCGACACUGCCGAGGAGGCUGCUCUGGCUUACGACGAAGCCGCGUACAAGCUCAGGGGAGACUUCGCUCGGCUCAAUUUCCCUCACUUGAAGCAAGGUGUUUCGUACCUCUGCGAUUACAAUCCCCUGCAUUCCUCUGUCGAUGCAAAGCUCCAAGCAAUUUGUCAGAGCUUGGCAGCUAAUUCACAGAAGCAGGGGAAAACAGGGGAGCCUUGUUUUUUCCCAAAUAGUGGGGCGGAGACUUUCAAUUUAGCCUCCGAAGCUGAAGAAACAAUGGUCUUCAAUAUCGCACUAAAGAAUGAAUAUGACACCGAUCUCGCAUACCCAGAACAGGAUUACAAGGUGGGAAACUCAGUAUCUUCGCCGGCUUUUUCCGAUGAGUCCUCGGUGGCAGGGUCGUCUUCACCGGAAUCCAACAUGGCGCUGUUCGAUUUCUCGCAUCCGCAGUUUGGGAUGGAGAAUUUCUGCUUGGAGAAGCAUCCUUCGGCCGAGAUUGAUUGGGCAGCUAUUUGAGUCUGCACAUGUUCACGUUUCCGCUAUAAAUCGGUCCUUCCUGUCUAUAAGUUGGUGGUCUUUAGCAGUCUGUCUAGUUUCUAGGUAUGGCGGUCCCCAGAGGCUUCAACAAUGGUAUUUUUUGACAUUUGUUGAAGUCCUCUGUUGAGGGAGCCAUUAGUGGUGGGAGGUACAUUUACAUCAGGUAGCUUACAAAGAUUUCUCCAUUAGGUUCUGCUGGUUUUUUUUUUUUUUUUCCUUCCUUCCUCCUUUCACUGGCUUGUAACUAUGGAGAAAUUUUCAGCCUGUAUUUGUAGGUUCACUGGUUUAUUGUACUUGAACCCUUUUCACUUAUAUCUCACUGAGCUUUUACUCUUUGUACUUGCAUCAAUCUGAAUUCUUGGGGCUUCGUGUAA